UCCCACCUCCGACCUCUGCUGCGACUACCGUCCCAUGCGCAGCCCGACCACUUCACCUCCAAUCCUUCGCUACUCCACCACUUCUCCCAGUCUGGCGGACAGGGCAUCGUCGCUGGUCCGUCUACCACGCAAGCGGCGGGCCAGAACGCCGGGAAUGCAGGAAGAGCAGGAUGGGGCGGGGGAGCCGGAACAGGCGGGAAUGGGUAUACCGGCCACGCUCGUGCGUUUCUAGGUAUACCUCAGACCUCGGCAGUAGAUCCCUCCUCUGGGAUAUCGGACGAAACGAGGGAUCAAGAGCUCGCUACUCUAUCCCGAGGUCGGCGGUUCCAGGCGACUCGAUUCGCUCAGACCCAAGCGGCCGCUGCAGAAGGAGAGGGCCGGAAUCGAAUUGACGGGCGGGAUGUACGGCUCCUCAGGUCCAUAACGAUGGAUGAGGGGGAGGUACGGUCCAUCGACCCCGAGGCGGCCGCGAGGUACAUUGCUGCGUCUUCGCAGCAGUCAUUGUCGUCGGGACGGAGCUCUAUUGCGCCUGGAUCGCCAGCUGCGGGGACGGCUACAGGGAGGAGGGAGUUGGGGCGGAGUACGUCCUCGAUGGACGUAUGGACGGGGACGGGGCUGCACGUGCGGCCGCAGCUCCGAGCGUACUCUGGUCGGAGUGGGACAGUCCCUCUCCCGGACGUCGAGAUGGAGCUCGCAGAAGCAGAAGAGCUCGAAAACACACUACCCACCUCUUCACGUUCACCACCCUCCCCACAACCCCAUCGCGUCCUCAUGGAUCUCGCUGGUCGAGAUCUCCCCUCUUCAUCCUCUUCCCGCCGAUACAACUCCUCCCUCGCCACUUCGACCGACGCCCCCCGGGGAUCAUGGGACGACCUCCCCGUCCCCCCUAUGCCCUCCAAAAGCCUCACGCCGGAGCAAGAGAUCGAGCAGGCCAAAGAUCAAACCAUCUACUACGGUCUCAUCAGCACUGGUCGGCAUGUGCCCCAGCGCGGUACCCGGGAGAAACUCGCAGCUCUGGUAGCGCACUACCGGUCCUCUCGGGAGCUGGCGCCGCUCGAUAAACGGACUCAACCUGGAGAUCCGGAACUGGUCGAGCGGUAUCCCCUCCCAUCGACAUAUACGGUCCAGACGUACAACGCAUGCCUCGAGGCGCUGAUGAUCCUCCAUCGGCCCGGAGAGAGCAUCGCCAAGCUCCUAGAAGCGUACAAUGAGAUGCUGGAACGGGACCUCUUGCCGAAUAUGCGGACGUACCAGAUCGUCAUCCGUGCGCUCUGCCAGCGGGAGCAGGACGUCUGGACCGUGGUCCAGCGGUGGCAGAAGGAAGAGGACUGGUUGGAGUGGCGCCACAAGGGCAUGGGGAGGGAGUACACGACCACCCAUCGACACGCGGAACGAGCCGACCUCGUCGAGGGCUACACAUCAGAGGGUAAUCUCAACUCGGCGCUCAAGCUGUUUUCGGCGGCGAGGGUGUUCCAAAACAACUCGCAUUGGCGUUUCCAGCCCGACGUGUAUAGCUCCAUCCUCAAGGCGAUUGCGUCCCAGACGAAACCGGAUCUCGGCGGAUUGCGCCAGGUGUUCAACCAUGCGGUCUCGAGGCAGCCGGUAGGCCGGAUGGGGCUGUACCAGUCUGUUUUCCGCGCGCUGGGCAAUGCGGGGCAUGCGGAUGAGCUCCUGGAAAAGUGGAACCAGCUUAGGGAGGCGGAGGAGGCGGGCAAGGGAGAUAGGCUCAGUGCGUGGACAAAGGCGGGGGCGGAGGAUGAUUUGUCGGAGCAGGAGAUUGCGGUACAGAGGAAAGGAGCAAGGAUGGCCGCGUAUCAAACGGCCAUCAGGCAGUUGGCGCGCCUGGGCAAGACGGAAAAGGCGGAAGAGAUUGUCGCGCUGGUCAUAGCGGAGAAGGCUACUGAGGUUACGGCGGAGCUCGACCAGGAGGCGGACGCGUACGCCGCCCUUAUCGUCGGCAUGGCGGAAAGAGACGCGGAUGCCGCGCUCGCCAAGUAUACAGAGCUCGAGUCAAAAAUCUCGGCCUCGGCUCUCGGCCGGCUCCCCCUCACCGAGGCGCUCGAAUUUAUCGACCGCCUCAUCUUUGCGCGCCACUGGCGGAAAGCGCUCGAGCUGCUCAACGCUCUGGGCCAUGAAUCGGACUCCACCCGUACGCGCCACCUCUACACUGCGAUCGUUGCGGCUGCGCGCGCCGCCUCGGACCCCGAGGACGCGAGCAAAAUCCUCACCCAUAUCCCCGCCCUCCUCCUCAACAAGGAUGAAAGUCUCCUCGGCUUCCCGGUCAGCGACCACUUUGAGGUGCUCCAGCAGCAUGGGCUUCAAGGGGAGGGCGAGGCGGUCCUGCGCCAGUUCAAAAAGUCGAAUGAUAUUGUCGGUGGGUGGGACCAGUGGUUCGUCCCCUUCGUCAUCAAUACGGCGCCGACUCUGCCCUUCACCCGCCUGUUGGCCCUGCUCCGCUCGGCUGACUACGUCGGGAUGGACAUCGAGAGGUCAAACGAGAUCGUCUCGGUCUUACUCGACAAGUAUAUGAAGCGGGAUUGGGACCGGUAUAGCGAGGGCGGGUUUGACGAGGUGUUGGAGCAGCAGUGGGCGGAUUUGAGGGCACGGCUCACGGGUCCGGAUGGGGCGGAGCUGCUCGCUUCGGCCACUAAGCAGCUGGAGGGGCAUGCGGGGGUACUCGUCGAGAGGUUCGGCAAGGAUCGGGCGGCGGCUAUGCUGGAGGGCACGGGGAUCCAGCUGCCGGGCAGCGAGAUCGAGUCGGGCUCGGACAAUGUCGUCUCGGAGACCGGAACCACACCUCCUUCUUCCACAUUCUCCAUCCCUGAAGCUCCAUCCUCGUACACCUCGGAAACACCCUCCACGGCCCCGGCUCGCUACAAGAUUGACAGGCACCUAUCGACAGUUGUCGACGCUCACUUUGGUCGGAACGCCCGCUUUACCCCUCAGGCGGCGUACGAUAUCCUCCUCAGAGCCCUCGAGGGAGGUCAGGUCCCCCGCAUAGAAUCCAUCGGACGGCUCAUGAACUCGCUCAGUCGAGAAGGCGCCGACGAGGCGGUCUCGAAACUCUACAUGCUCGGCCAAGACAUUAUUGCCGGCACGGAGGAGCACCUCGCGCCUUCGCAGUGGCUCGAGAUCGAGACGCAAAUGCUCAUUGCGUCGUGUCAUCUCGGCCACCUCGAGCGGGCGGGCAUACAUCGUCAGCGGAUAGUAGACGCCGGUAUGGUUCCCUCGGCCGACGCUUAUGCGACCAUGAUUGCCAGCUCGAAGGACACGACGGAUGAGGCGCUGGUUGCGCGUGCGUUGUUUGACGAGAGUCAAGCGAUGGGCGUCGUGCCGAAUCUGUAUCUCUACAAUACGAUCAUCAGCAAGUUGAGCAAGGCGCGAAAGGCGGAGAUCGCGCUGGAUCUGUUUGGACAUAUGAAAGCGGCAGGGAUUACGCCUAGCUCGGUCACAUACGGUGCUGUCAUUAACGCAUGCUGUCGAGUCGGAGAUGCCCAGUCGGCCGAAACGCUCUUUGAUGAGAUGCGGAACCAGGGGAAUUUCAGGGCUAGAGUGCCUCCUUACAACACCAUGAUGCAGUUCUUCAUCAACAACAACGCCUCCCGCCAAAAAGUCCUCCACUACUACACCCUCCUCCGUCAAGCCGGCGUACCCCCCUCCGCACACACCUACAAACUCCUCCUGGAUGCCUACUCCACACUCCCACCUAUCGACCUCGUCGCGAUGGAGCGGGUAUUCGCCGACCUGCGCGCGGACAGCUCGGUCCGUAUUCAAGGCACUCACGUCGCCAGUCUCAUCACCGCCUACGGUAUCUACGGGAACGACCUCGCGAAAGCCAUGGAGAGGUUCGACAUGCCGGUUCCUGGUCCUGUCCAUAAUCGGCCUGCCGUGCACGAUCCCAUCGUAUGGGAGGCGAUCCUCAACGUCAUUGCGCACAGAGGGACGCUGGCCGACCUCGAAGCCAUGCGCCAGCGGAUGCAAUCGUCCGGUAUUCAGCCAACGGCGUACGUCUACAAUGUCCUCAUUACGGGCUAUGCGCGCUUGGAGCGGAUAGACGAGUCCCGCGCCAUCUUUGAGUCGAUGGGGGACUCAGUCACCGGCGUGGCGGCGCCAAAUAACCAUCCUCUGCUCUUGACGAGUUCGGGGUAUGCCAAGCCGCAGACGAUGACGGAGGGGCCGACACAGAUGGUGUACCGCGAGCCGAGCACGUAUGAGGCGAUGGUCAGGGCAGAGAUGAGUGCGGGGGAGCAGGACCGCGCGCAAGAGGUACUGGCGAGGAUGGAGGCGAGGUCGUAUCCGUGGGCAGUGUAUAUGAGGGUCAGGGCGGUCGUGGAUGAUGCCUCGGUGAGUUGA